AUGACGAAUGAUCAAGUGCCGCGUCGGGGUCGGCCUCGGGUAGAAGGCCGUGACCGAGUGAACGACCAAGUCGAGAUUAGGCGAACACGCAUGAGAUUGGCGCAAAGAACGUACCGAGCCCGGAAAGAAAGCGCAUUCAACCAGGAGAGAACCCGCAACCAACAACUCAGCCAAGCCCUGGAUCGGGCGCUGGCAACCUUUACCGUGUUCCAUCAGCAUGCCCUAGGCCUACCUGAGGUACGCGGCUCGUCGGAUCUUAUUGCCAGUUUGAAUCAAGCGGCCUCUGAAAUGGCAACCAUUGCCAGUGACACAAACAAGUCAGUCAGGUUGUUAUUUAGUUCGGAAGCCUUUGAUUCCGAAACUCAACGGCAGCAACCGGGGAACAUUUCGCUUACAGACGAGGGCGCUGGAGAUUUACAAACCCAAAUGUUGUCCAAGACCGUCGCCCUCACCAUUCGUUCAGCUGACCUCAUAUUGGGCACACUAUCUGAAAAGCUGUUUCGAGCUUGUCUCGAGCGUGUCUUCACCAUCCUAGCAGGGAACUCUGGACCCAAGGGCCGAGUCCUAGACUUGAGGCUGCCUCUAGACAUCCUCGGUGAGGAACUUCUCAGGUCCGAGUCCCUCAAUAUCCUAGCACUACCUGUCGUCAUGGAUGACUACCGCUACCUCCCCCAUUCCAUGCCCCAUUUGCCACUCUUGUACCGUGUUGUUGAGGGAAGCCAGGACAUUAUACCUCGAUUACCGGCACCGUCAGUGCAGAGGAUUGUAAGGGGAAGGACGAGGACGAGGCUCGCGACUGCAUUUGAGCCGCUUCAAGGAGAGUGGCUCGAGGCUAUGGAUGUUGAGGAGUACUUGGAGGACAGGGGUAUUUUCCUGCGUGGUGCCGACUUGAGUCAUGAGAUCAACAAUCAGAGCUCAGCUCCUUCGGUCCAGCACUCUGCCGAGAUAAACUAUCAACAGCAGCAACUACCCGAGGUCGAGGACCCGUCUGGAGAAGGGCAUCAUCAUGAAGAUGGAGAUUAUUCUGUGUUUGGUGUCCCAACAACCCAAGAAUGGAUUGGCUCGGCCGAGCUUCUCCCCCCUCUUGGGACUGGCCUACAGUCCAUCGAGGAAUUAAGGGCACCGUGGACUGAUACUCCUCAGCAGAACUCUCAAGUGGCCUCCCAGAUCAUCAUCGACAUCGACAAGCUCGUGCAGCUGCUAGCCUCGAGUGCAACAUGUCUAGGGCCUGUGCCAGGAAUCCGGCGAACUGCGGUGGACUCGUCAAUUGCACAAUCUGUAAUUCAGCUGUCGGGGUAG